AUGAUUAAAACAAGAAGUGGAACAAUAUUGUAAAAUCCUUCUUUAAUUAAAUGGCUUAUAUAUUUAAUAAAUACUUUAUCAAACUUAUUAAUAAAUUUUGAUCAUGGAAUAAUUCCAGCAGCAACAAUGGAAAUAAAAGAAUAUUUAAAUAUAGAUGAUGUAAAAUUAGGUUUUUUAGGGUCUAUAGUAUAUAUUGGAUUAACUAUAGGAUCUAUAGCAUCAUCAUAUUCUUUCUAAAAGAUAAUAACAAAAAGAUUAAUAUGUAUUUCAAUAAUAUUUCUAGUAUUUAGUUUGUAUUUGUUUUUGUUGACAAAAAAUUUCAUAUUAUUAUGUCUAUCUAGAUUUUUAGUAGGUUUUUUCUAAGUAUUUCUAGUUGUAUAUUUUCCUGUUUGGGUUGAUGUAAAUAUAAGAGAAAAAUAAAAUAAUAUUUAUAAAUUUAAAUAAACAUAAAAAAAAAAGUGGGACAAUGCAUUUUUAUUGCAAAUUUUUUCAUUAUUAACUUGCUGUUUAUUACUUUUUUUUUUCAAAGAAUAAGAUUUAGAUAUUUAAUGUGUAACAAUUUAAAAAUAAAAUAUAUCCUUAUAAGAGGAGAAGCUUAUUUAAGAAGAAGAUGAUAAUUAGUCUAAAUUCGAAUUUUAAUAAAACAAGAAGGAAAAUACAUAUUUUUAAAAUUUAAUGCUACUUUGGGAAAAUAAAGUUUAUGUUUAUACAAUGCUAACAUUAACUGCUUUAUAUUUUGUUGUAACUGGAAUCUAGUUUUGGAUGUCCGACUAUAUGAGGAUAGUUUUAAAAAUAGAUUAAGCUUUAGUAUAUACAAGUUUUUCAAUAAUAUCAUUAACAGCGCCGGCAUUUGGUGUAAUAAUUGGUGGAAUCGCAUUACACCAAGCUGGUGGAUAUAAUGGAAAAUAUGUUCUGAGUAUUUGUAUGCUGAAUGGUGUAUGUGCAUCAAUGUGUGCAAUACCAAUUCCUUUUCAAAAAGAUUUUUCUAUAGUAGUAACUUUAUUAUGGUUUUUAAUGUUUUUUGAAGCUGCAAUGAUACCAGCAAUAAUGGGUUUAAUGUUGAGUUCAGUGUAAAAAAAACUUAGAGCGUUUUGUAAUUCAACAGCUUAAUUAUUUUAUAAUUUAUUAGGGUAUUUACCUGCUCCUUUUUUAUAUGGAUUAAUUAAUAAAAUUAGUAGAAGUGAAGCAAGCAUAAACGGAAUGAUUUUUUUGAUGGCUUGGAGCUUUUGGGGGGUUAUAGGAUUAUAUUUUGCAAAAAUUUAUAGAGAUUAAGAAAUUUAAGAAGAGGAAAUUAUCAUAGGAUAAUAUGAGUAUUAAAUGACUGAAAAAAAUUUACAACUUAUGCAUAUAAAAAAUAAAAUUAAAUAGCAAUUCAACUAUAAAAAUACAUGUAUUUUAUUUUUUAUAAUACAUAUCAUUUAUAAUAUAUAAAGUGUCUAAAAUAACGGAAAAAGAAUCUGA